AUGUCCGCACCUACCCGGGCAGCCGCGAAGCUCGACUGGACUAAGCUGCCAACACAGCUGUCGCUGCGCGGCAGCACGGCCAGCUCCCUGAACAACUUCAAGAAGCGAAAUGACGAGGCCCGCCGCCGCUUGACGGUUCUCCAGGACCAGCCCACCAGCGUCGACUUCGGCUAUUACCGCUCCGUCCUCAAGAACACUGCUGUGAUCGACGAGAUCGAGCAGUACUUCAAGACCUUUAAGCCCAAGACAUACGACGUUGACAAGCAAGUUCGAUCGAUUGAAGCUUUCGAGCAGGUUGCUAUUAAAAAUGCCGAGGAUACCAAGGGCAAGGUUGAGAUUGAGCUGAAGAGCUUGGACAAGGCGCUCAGCGAUAUCGAGGGUGCUAGAGGGUGGGACGAGAUGACUGUGGAUGAGGUCGCGAAGGCGGCUCCGGAGAUCGACGAGUAUACUGAGAGGCUCGUCAAGAAGGGCAGAUGGAUGCCUCCUGGAUACUUGGACAAGUUCCCCAACCUCACAGUGCUGUAG